AUGAACAGGACAAGCUGGUCCUCGAGGCAGAAGGGUCAGAUCCACUUAGGCGAUGAAAAGCAACCCGAUGGUCCAUCACGUAUUAUACCAGUCAAAAAGGAACAUCUUGAAGAUGGCAUACUCCAGCUUUUGGCUUCAGCCGCAGACAUGCAGCAAAGGCGAGAUUUAGAUUCAGCGCUCCAACUCUAUGAAGCUGCUAUGGAAAAAGUCAAAUCCCAUGGGCUCAAUCGCAAACGUCUCUUUACUGGGACAAACAAAAAGCCUCCACCCUUGAACAGCCGGACUCCCUUGGAGUGGUCCCUGCAUGUAGGGGACAUGCCGUCUGCCAUCUGCCUGCUUGGAGGCCCCAGUACUGCCCUCGCAGAGUUGGGUACGUCGGGAAGUCUCGAUCAGGUUCGCCAAAUCUUAGAUGCUGGUGCAAGCAUCGAGCAACGCAUCGGAUCAUUUGGACAGACAUUUAUGCUACAGGAAGCUGCCAAAGGAAACCUCAACGGUGUCAACUUAGCUCUUGAACGGGGGGCAAGUGUCCACUGUAUGGAUGACAACGGCGAUACUCCACUGGCGUUAGCUCUGCGAUGUCAGCAUUCUCAGGCCAGCUUGGUUGUUGCAGCCCUUUUAGCAGCCGGUGCCGAUGUCAAUGCCAUCGACGGCAAAGGCCAACCUCUCUUUAAGGUGACUGUUGCUCAUGGCCAGCUUGAGAACGUAGCGCAAAUUAUGAGCGCGCUGAAUCCCGUCACUGAGGAGCAUAGACAAAUCAUGCGAAAUUGGGCUGCGAGUCUUCCAGUCCAUGGCGAUAAAUGGAGUACCCGCGACUGCUCAGUGUUGCGCUUUUUGUUAGGCCAUGGCCUCGAUCCCAACUUGCGUCUUGGACCAAACAAGACAUCUACUAUGCUCGACGUUGCUGUUCAACGACAGGCAGCUGGCAGCGAACGCCUAGCGGCUCAACUCUUGAAAGCUGGCGCGAAGCCAAAUAUAGAGGCAGCCUUGCAUGUUAGCACUCCGAAGAUGCUCGAACUCAUUCUGCAGAAUGUUGGCUCUUUGAGAGAAACAAGCCAGCAGCCGAUCAUCGCAUGGAUAGCAAGUUUACAUGCGUACCCUCAGCAGUGGACUAAGCGUGAUGGCGAAGUCCUCAACUUACUAUUAGAUUUUGGCUUAGAUCCCAACAUUCGUCGUCCUGCAUUUCCGCAUCCUCCACUCGUCGUCUGCGCCGCUAGCUAUGGCGACAUUGACUUUCUACAACGACUGAUCAAAAAUGGGGCUGAUCUCGGCGCCACCGAUGACAACUCGGACACCGCGAUUAUCGUUGCAGCAAAACAGAAAAACAAGCACAUCUACGACGCCUUGAAAGCAGCUGGGGUCAGCGACAAAUACUUUUUAUUCGGACUUGGAACCGAGGGCUACCCCCAAGUGGUAUCGUUCAAGCCGCCCACUUGGAAAAGCACCUUCUCCAGCGUCCGGGCAAGAGACGAAUGUAACGUCGUGCUCUGGGACCUGCACGACACUAAGCCUGUCCCUGCUAAAGAUAUUUACGCAGCGCUGGUGCCGGCCGGGUGCGCAAUCGAGUUGUUGCAGGUCGACGUCAAAUGUCUGGGCCCAAAGACAGCUCCGAUUCAUGAAGGCGAGCCAACAGCUGGACCCAGCAACACCGACCCGCGCUCUGGAGACUCAGGGGAAGACACACCAAGGCAACCCCGUGUCGUGGAAAGAGACUCAGGGGAAGAUACACCAAGACAGCCCAGUGUUGUUGAAGGAGAACUGAAGUUGGAGCAGCCGACGAAGGAGACCUGCCCGUUCGUGCAGACUGAUGUAGAGAGUAGCGGCGGUGAUAUAGAGCAGAUCUCCUGA